AGCAAGGGUUUUUAACAAAGGGUUUAAGGCGGCUUCGUCGUGUACUCUUUACUUACCAGUUGUUGUUAUUUUUUUUCCUCCUUCUAUGAAAGUGUACCCAAUUUUCCGAUUUCGCUCUAUGUUUUCUUUCUCAUGCGAUCGAAUUUAUCCAGUCUCGUGUUGUGUAUGCUCUGUUUUAUCGAUUUUUACUCAAUUUAAGCUCGAUUGAUGUCCAGUGCCCAAACCCCAGUGUUCUUGGCAAAUCAGAGUAAGGUAUUCGAUCAUUUGAUCCCAUUUCACAAACCCUUGAUUUCUUGUCGAAACCCAGUUCCCCAAUCCUUCCCUAUGUGGAGAAGCAUUGCUAAACAAGCCAUUUCAAGGUCACAAGCUGCUAGAUUAGCCGUCGGUUCCCAAACUCGUGGCUUUCUUGCGUCUUCUCAGGAGUCUUCUCUCUCGAAAAAAUUGAGAUUUCGGUGUUCGGUGUUCGGAUCCUUCUCGGACUCAGGAUGUCACGAAAUGGGUUUUAGUCGUUUAAGUGGCGUCACGAGGCCAGAGGAGCUUCCCGGGCGGGUCGGGUUGAGAUUCUCAAAGAACGAUAGCUACUUUAAUGGGUCCUUCGCUAGAAGGUACACGAGUGUAGCCGAAGAGAUCUCGUCAACAGAUGUCGAGGAAGAGCCUUCGGUUGUCGAUGAGGUACAGGAAUUGUUGAAGGAAAUGAAGAAAGAGCAGAAGAGAGAGGAUCAUCGUUCGUGGCGGAUGAAGAAGCAAGAACAUGUUGGAAUGGGACGCGGAAAGUAUCGGAAUCUAUGGAGAAGACAAGUUAAGAUCGAGACAGAAGAAUGGGAAAGAGCUGCUAAUGAGUACAGGGAGCUUUUGACGGAUAUGUGUGAGAAAAAGCUUGCGCCUAAUCUGCCUUAUGUGAAGUCCUUGCUUCUGGAUUGGUUCGAACCAGUACGAGAUGUCAUUGCUAAAGAUCAGGAAUUAUAUAGAUUAGGGAAGAGCAAAGCAACUUAUGCACAUUACCUUGAUCAGUUGCCCGCCGACAAGAUAGCUGUUAUCACAAUGCACAAGUUGGUGGGGCAUUUGAUGACUGGUGGUGAUAACGGUUGUGUUAAGGUUGUUCAUGCUGCUUGUUCAGUAGGCGAUGCCAUUGAACAAGAGGUAAGGAUAUGCACAUUCCUGGGAAAGACCACGAAGAAAAAAGGGGAUGACAAUGAGGAGAGCGGGGAAGUUGAAAACGGAACUGCAGUGAAGGAACAAGAUAAGUUAAGAAAAAAGGUCAAUGAGCUGAUAAAGAAACAGAAGUUGUCAGCGGUUAGAAAGAUCUUGCAGUCAUAUGACUAUACAAAACCAUGGACUGCAGAUGCUAGGGCUAAGGUUGGAAGUCGUCUUAUAGAAUUGUUGGUAAGAACAGCUUAUAUACAAGCUCCACCUAAUCAGCAGGAUAAUGAUCUGCCUGAUGUCCGACCUGCAUUUGUGCAUACCCUCAAGACAGUAGUAAAAGAAAACAUGAAAUCUGGGAGAAAAUAUGGUGUAAUCCAGUGUGACCCUUUGGUCCGCAAAGGCUUGGAAAAAACUGGGAGAUAUGCAGUGGUGCCAUACAUGCCAAUGCUGGUUCCCCCUCUCAAGUGGUCGGGUUACGACAAAGGUGCUUACUUGUUCUUAGCGUCAUAUAUAAUGAAAACUCAUGGAGCUAAGCAACAACGAGAGGCACUUAAGAGCGCACCUAAAGGACAACUAAAACCAGUCUUUGAGGCCUUGGAUACGCUUGGAAGUACUAAAUGGAGAGUAAAUAAGCGAGUUUUAACUGUUGUAGAUAGGAUAUGGAGCAGUGGCGGCUGUACUGCUGAUCUGGUGGAUCGCAGCGAUGUUCCUUUACCUGAAAAGCCCGACACUGAAGAUGAGAGCAUUCUUAAGAAAUGGAAGUUUGAAAUUAGAUCUGCUAAGAAGGAGAAUAGCGAGAGACAUUCUCAGCGCUGUGAUAUAGAACUCAAGCUUUCGGUAGCACGGAAAAUGAAAGAUGAAGAAGGUUUUUACUAUCCCCACAAUAUUGACUUCCGGGGACGUGCAUAUCCCAUGCCCCCACACUUAAAUCAUCUCGGUUCUGAUCUGUGUCGGGGUGUUUUGGAGUUUGCUGAGGGAAGGCCUCUAGGAAGAUCAGGCUUACGUUGGCUGAAGAUACACUUAGCAAACUUGUAUGCUGGUGGUGUAGACAAGUUAUCACAUGAGGGUCGGCUAGCUUUCACCGAGAAUCACUUGGAUGACAUAUUUGAUUCGGCAGACAGACCACUUGAAGGAAGCAGAUGGUGGCUGAAAGCUGAAGACCCAUUUCAGUGCUUGGCUGUGUGCAUAAAUCUCACUGAAGCUCUCAGAAGUCCAUCCCCGGAGACAGUUCUCUCACAUAUUCCUAUACAUCAGGAUGGUUCCUGCAAUGGUUUACAGCAUUAUGCCGCGCUUGGGAGAGACACAUUAGGAGCAGAAGCUGUAAAUCUAGUUGCAGGUGAGAAGCCGGCCGAUGUUUAUUCAGGAAUAGCUACCAGAGUUCUUAAUAUUAUGCGCCGAGAUGCAGACAGAGAUCCUGAAGUUUAUCCAGAUGCACUGCGUGCAAGAAAAUUAGUCAACCAGGUGGAUCGGAAACUUGUAAAGCAGACGGUUAUGACAGCAGUCUAUGGUGUCACAUAUAUUGGUGCACGAGAUCAAAUAAAGAGAAGGUUGAAGGAGCGCAGUGCAUUUAGUGAUGAAAAAGAAAUUUUUGGGGCGGCUUGCUAUGCAGCAAAGGUAACAUUGACUGCUAUAGAUGAAAUGUUUGAAGCUGCACGCGCCAUCAUGCGUUGGUUUGGUGACUGUGCAAAGAUUAUUGCUUCAGAAAACGAAACAGUUCGAUGGACAACACCAUUGGGUCUUCCUGUUGUGCAACCUUACUACCAAAUGGGAACAAAACUCGUAAAGACAUCCCUCCAAACCUUAUCGCUUCAGCACGAAACUGAUAAGGUCAUUGCCAGGCGACAAAAGACAGCUUUUCCUCCAAAUUUUAUUCACUCCCUCGACGGAUCCCAUAUGAUGAUGACUGCAGUUGCCUGCAAAAGAGCUGGCGUGUGUUUUGCAGGAGUUCAUGACUCAUUCUGGACACAUGCGUGCGAUGUGGAUAAAUUAAACAGAAUAUUACGCGAAAAUUUUGUUGAGCUGUAUUCGCAACCGAUACUAGAGAAUUUGCUGGAGAGCUUUGAGCAAUCGUUUCCUCAUUUAGAGUUUCCUGCUCUGCCUGAACGAGGAGAUUUAGAUUUGAAAGUGGUGUUAGAUUCACCUUAUUUCUUCAACUGAUUAAGAAAUCUAUGGCUUCAGUAAAUUCUCAGAGAUCUUCCAAGCUCUAAAGAAACAAGACGAGAGACUAUCAGAACAGAUGAUGUGAUCCUGAGCAACACCAAAAAAGAAGAGCUUGAAUCAGAGCAAGGAACCAAGGAGCAGCUCAUAGCCAAGGAAGACUUGUUUGCAAGAAGAUGAGCUAAGACUACUAAACUCAAAGAAGGCAUUGGUGCGACACUCGAACAAAGCCAAGACCAAGACAGACACAUCUAACCAUAAUGGUUUCAAGUGUUUUGGAACUACAAGCUUGGGCUGGUAUAAGAGAUCGAAUCAAUGAAAAACAAAAUUGGAUGUCAUUUUUUUCUUAGAAUAUAGUAGUUUUAUAAAACUCUAAUUUAAUAUGAUAUAUUUGCGUUAAAUUUGUAUAUGAGCAUAGGAAUCAAUAAAAUAUAUAGUUGACAUAUAUAAAUGAGUUUUACUGAUAAUGUUUGAC